AAGCACGCCGCAAAAGUGAAGGCCUAAGUGAGCAAAAUCACGCUUAAAAAGUGACGGCGGCACCUCGCAGCUACCGCAGGCAGAUACGGACAGCUCACCGUCGCGCCGUCGCGCAGCAGUCACGCAGUCAAGCAGUCACCAGCCUCGCCGUCAAUCAGCCCAAGCGCCGCCGUCGAGCAGGCCACCAGCAAAGAUGAGCACCGCCCUCGCCAAGCGCCAAAAUACGACGACCCUCGCCGCGCGGCAACAAACGCAUGCGCCGGACGAUGACGUCGCCUCGGCGUCGCUCCGGAGCGGCGCUUUAUUAUGCGACGCCAUGGGCUACCAGGAGCCCGUGGAUCCGGCGGCGGAGCAGGCCGCCCAACAAUUAGUCGAGGAGGAGCUGCGGCAAAACCCCGGCGCGCCGCCGCGGCUGCCCGCGCUGCGGCCGCCGCGCGAUUCAUCAAUAAUGGCGGCCGAGUUCGCGCGCUGCGACCGGGACGAGGACCUCGCACCCUUGGCCAUCGAGCGCUACUCCUGCGCGCCGCCGACCGAGCAGGAUCCGGAGGCGUGGAAGAGCGCGCGGACGAACGUGCGCGCGCAACUAGAACACCAGGCGAAUCGGGUGGUGAACCUCGAGCUCGCCGAAUCCUUCUCGGAACAUACGUGGCGGCGCCACGUGCACGACCUGGGGCGGCUGCACGCGCAGGUCGCGGCGCUGGCCGAAGGCAAGGAGCGCGAGGCCGAGCAGAUCAAUUUGAAGCGGAAGCGCGACCAGGCGAAGCUCGGGCCCGACAUAGUAAGGGCGGAGCGGGCCGUCGUCGAGCGGCUGGAACGGCACCGCGCGCUCGAGGCGCGCGUCGCGGCGCUGCGGAAGGAGGAGGCUAAGUAGGGACGUG